UCAUAUAUACGCCAGUAUGGAGGCUGUCCCGUCGAAUUAUGUAUCAAAGGUACACAAACAGAUCCAGGUAUCCAUGGUGGUGAGAGUGAGCCAACGCUCUUGUACACUUCAAUAUAUGAACCACUCUUAUACUUUCCAUCGUACAAUCGUAGACAAUACUUGCAUGAAUCUGAUUUGGUUAUGACUAAUUGAUUUAUCAAUGUGUAUGACAAUAAAGCAAUGAGAAACAAAACGAAAAAGCAAUGUCAGCUAAUUCGAUGUUUCUCAUUGCUUUAUUGUCAUACACAUUGAUAAAUCAAUUAGUCAUAACCAAAUCAGAUUCAUGCAAGUAUUGUCUACGAUUGUACGAUGGAAAGUAUAAGAGUGGUUCAUAUAUUGAAGUGUACAAGAGCGUUGGCUCACUCUCACCACCAUGGAUACCUGGAUCUGUUUGUGUACCUUUGAUACAUAAUUCGACGGGACAGCCUCCAUACUGGCGUAUAUAUGAAGACGUCAACUACUCUGGUGCGAACACUGCUGUUGGACAUGGUGCCUGCAUUGAUGACUUCAUGAAAUCCGGAUUGAGAAGGAUUUCCUCCAUUCAAAAGUGUGUUUAUGGGGAAAAUGGAAUGGUUCAAUGUAUCAGUGAAUCGAAACGUGGAAGGAAAUAUUGUCGAUACUAAUCGAGGAAUUUCAUGUGCUUAUAAUUGUUGUGUGCUCUUAACUAAAUAUAUGCAUAUGAACU